GCGGCCGGAGCGGAGCGGAGCGGACAUGGCGCUGCACGUCCCCAAGGCCCCGGGCUUCGCCCAGAUGCUCAAGGAGGGCGCGAAGCAUUAUUCAGGACUUGAAGAAGCUGUUUACAGGAACAUCCAGGCAUGCAAAGAACUUGCUCAAACCACCCGUACAGCUUAUGGACCAAAUGGAAUGAACAAAAUGGUUAUUAAUCAUUUGGAGAAGCUUUUUGUUACAAAUGAUGCUGCUACCAUCUUGAGAGAGCUGGAGGUCCAGCAUCCUGCUGCAAAAAUGAUUGUGAUGGCUUCCCAUAUGCAAGAGCAAGAAGUUGGAGAUGGAACAAACUUUGUCCUUGUUUUUGCUGGAGUCCUUCUGGAGUUAGCAGAGGACCUUCUGAGAAUGGGAUUAUCUGUGUCAGAGGUGAUUGAAGGAUAUGAAAAGGCUUGCAAGAAAGCCCUAGAAAUUCUUCCAGACUUGGUUUGCUGUUCUGCAAAGAAUCUUCGAGAUGUGGAAGAAGUGGCCUCCUUGCUGYACACCUCAGUGAUGAGUAAACAAUAUGGCAAUGAACAGUUUCUGGCCAAACUUAUCGCACAGGCUUGUGUUUCUAUUCUUCCUGAUUCUGGUCAUUUCAAUGUCGACAAUAUCAGAGUGUGCAAAAUUGUGGGAGCUGGUAUCUCUGCUUCGUCGGUACUGCAUGGCAUGGUUUUUAAAAAAGAAACUGAAGGAGAUGUUACCUCUGUUAAAGAUGCAAAGAUAGCAGUAUAUUCUUGCCCUUUUGAUGGUAUGAUAACUGAAACGAAGGGCACUGUACUUAUAAAGAAUGCUGAAGAACUGAUGAAUUUCAGUAAGGGAGAAGAAAAUCUGAUGGAYGUGCAGGUGAAAGCUAUUGCUGAUACUGGUGCAAAUGUUAUAGUAACUGGUGGCAAAGUGGCAGACAUGGCACUUCAUUAUGCCAACAAAUACAACCUUAUGUUAGUCAGGUUGAACUCUAAAUGGGAUCUGAGGAGACUCUGUAAAACUGUUGGUGCAACAGCCCUCCCCAGACUGACUCCCCCUACUCUAGAAGAAAUGGGUCACUGUGACAGUGUGUAUCUCUCAGAGGUUGGAGAUACUCAGGUGGUUGUGUUUAAGCACGAAAAGGAAGAUGGUGCCAUAUCUACCAUACUCAUUCGUGGAUCUACAGACAACCUGAUGGAUGAUAUAGAGCGAGCAGUGGAUGAUGGAGUAAAUACUUUCAAAGUCCUCACCAGAGAUAAGCGUCUUGUUCCAGGAGGUGGUGCAACAGAGAUUGAAUUAGCCAAACAGAUCACAUCUUAUGGAGAGACAUGCCCCGGGCUUGACCAGUACGCAAUCAAGAAGUUUGCUGAGGCAUUUGAGGCCAUUCCUCGAGCACUAGCAGAAAACUCUGGAGUGAAGGCUAAUGAAGUCAUCUCCAAACUUUAUGCUGUGCAUCAAGAAGGCAACAAAAAUGUUGGCUUUGAUAUUGAGGCUGAAGCUCCUGCUGUGAAGGAUAUGUUGGAAGCCGGAGUAUUAGACACGUACCUUGGAAAAUGCUGGGGGAUCAAGCUGGCUACUAAUGCUGCAGUGACUGUUUUAAGGGUGGAUCAGAUUAUCAUGGCAAAGCCGGCUGGUGGUCCUAAGCCUCCAUCAGGAAAGAAAGACUGGGAUGAAGACCAAAAUGACUGAACAGCUUAACUGUGGUUCCCAAGUGUCAUGGUUGUUUGAGUUUUGUCAUGUUUCAGCUAGGGCCUGUUGUCAUGAGUUUUCUGCCUUAUCUUUUAAGUUAUGAGACUUAUGUCCAGCAACGUGCGGAACUUUGAAUACUUCAAUAAAUGCACUU